AGGGGCGGGUCGAACGCAGGCUUCCGGCGGAAGAGCGCGAGAGCAAGAUGGCCACUACCAAGCGAGUGUUGUACGUGGGUGGACUCGCGGAGGAGGUGGAUGACAAAGUUCUCCAUGCUGCUUUUAUCCCUUUUGGAGACAUCACGGAUAUCCAGAUUCCUCUGGAUUAUGAAACAGAAAAGCACCGAGGAUUUGCUUUUGUUGAAUUUGAGUUGGCAGAGGAUGCUGCAGCAGCUAUUGACAACAUGAAUGAAUCUGAGCUCUUUGGACGGACAAUUCGUGUCAAUUUGGCAAAACCCAUGAGGAUUAAAGAAGGCUCUUCCAGACCAGUUUGGUCUGAUGAUGACUGGUUGAAGAAGUUCUCUGGGAAGACUCUUGAGGAGAACAAAGAGGAGGAGGGGUCAGAGCCCCCCAAAGUGGAAACGCGGGAGGGAGAGCCCGCUGUAAAAAAGGCCCGGUCAAACCCUCAGGUGUACAUGGACAUCAAGAUUGGGAACAAGCCGGCUGGCCGCAUCCAGAUGCUCCUGCGUUCAGACGUCGUGCCCAUGACAGCAGAGAAUUUCCGCUGCCUGUGCACCCACGAGAAGGGCUUUGGCUUCAAGGGCAGCAGCUUCCACCGCAUCAUCCCCCAGUUCAUGUGCCAGGGCGGUGAUUUCACCAACCACAAUGGCACCGGGGGCAAGUCCAUCUACGGGAAGAAGUUUGAUGAUGAAAACUUUAUCCUCAAACACACAGGACCAGGCCUGCUCUCCAUGGCCAACUCCGGCCCAAACACCAACGGCUCCCAGUUCUUCCUGACAUGUGACAAGACAGAUUGGCUGGACGGCAAGCAUGUAGUGUUUGGGGAGAUCACGGAUGGCCUGGAUGUCUUGCGGCAGAUUGAGGCCCAGGGCAGCAAGGACGGGAAGCCCAAGCAGAAGGUGAUCAUCUCCGACUGUGGGGAGUACGUGUGAGAGGGGAGCUGUCAACCCGGGGACCGGCGCCCGAGGUGUCCCGUUGGCAGCGAGCAGGGCUUCGCGUGCUGGCCCUUCUCGGGGUCAGCGUGGGGCAGCCCCUCUGCAGGCACAGCCUGCGCCUCCUCCGGUCGUCCUCAGGUGUGGCCUUGGACUCAGGGCCGCCCUCCCCACCAUGGACAGCUGGGCAUGGCCUUUCCAGGCCUUUGCCACCAGGGCUUCUCCUAGGCCCACCUGUGUGACUCCUGGACAUUUUCUUCUGGUAAAUAAAUCCUAGUUUUUGUACUGCUGCCUCCAGCUAGUUCCUGGGAGUUGUCAGAUGUCGCCUGUCAGGGCUGAACUGUCCCCCGAGACGGGUUGGUAGGAAUAGGGCAUAAUCUCUUCCCCACAGCUUUUCUUCUCUUCCCUUGGACGAUUCCCUGAGAUGCUGGGUGAUACAUCUUCAGGCCAGAUACCCUUGUCAGACCACCGUCAAGACCAUGGGCAUCAAAGACAGUGGAAAAAUUCCUGUCUUCAGUGCCUCCACUCCCACAUCACACUGCCAGCCUCAGAGCCAGUGACUGUAUUUCUGUCUCCAUGAUACAUUUGCUUAUUUGCUCACUUUCAUUCUACAGAUUUUUUUAAAACGAUACUUUAUUACUCACAGUGCCUUCUCCAUGCUAGGUACUAUACCUGUUUGUCAGGAGACAAAAGGUUAGCAAACUCCUUGGUUCUAAUCCAGCCCACUACCUGGUUUUAUGACUAAAGUUUUAUUGGAACACAGUCAUAGCCAUUGGUUUACCUAUUCUUACUGCAGUGACAGAGUGGAGUAAUUGGUGACAGAUACCAUAUGGUCCCUGUAUUAGACUUCUCCAGAGAAAUAGAACCAAUAGGAUGUGCCUAUGUGUACACAGAGAAAGAUUCAUUAUACAGAAUUGGCUCUACAGUUGGGGGGGCUGACAAGUCUGAUAGCUGCAGGACAGGCAAGCAGGCUGGAGCCCCAGGGAGAGUUGAUGUUGAAACUUGAGUCCAAAGACUGUUCUGAAGGCAGAAUUCCUUUCCCUCAUGGUAUCCUAAUCUUUCUCUCUUGAGACCCUCAACUGAUUGCAUGAGGCCCACCCACACUGUUUGGGAGAGGGUCAUCUGCUUUACUUUCAGACAUACUGAUUUAAAUGUCAGUCACAUCUGAAAAAUACCUUCACAGCACCAUCUGGACUGGUGUUUGGCUAAACUGUGGAUACCGCGGUCUAGUUAUAGACAGAAAAUUAACCAACACCAUCCCUCACUAGCUCCUCCAGGGCCAGGCCCCAUCUUUGCUGGGUGUGGUGGCUGCACAGAGGAAGAAACCCAGGGUUGUGGCCCCAGGACUCUGUGGCUUGGGAGUGUUUCAUAGCAUGUCUGCUCCAGAUGCUGCUGGCACAAAAAAAGACUGUUGAACCUACUUUUUAGUGGUGAAAAACAAAGAGUUCCAGGUGUUGGAAAAUUAGAGAGUUAUAUUUUCAAAACGUAUUUAUUAGGGGAAAUUAUACCAUAUAAUAAAGUGGAGAAAGCACAUCUAAAGCAGUUUAUAUAACACAGGAUAAUUCCAGUUUUGUACAAAUACCUAUCUGUAAUAUGUAAACAUCUAUAUUUUAUAUAUAUAUAUAUAUAUAUAUAUAUAUCUUAAGAAAAAAGCCUAGAAAUAAAUUCAACAAAAUAUUAACUAGCAUGUUUAUCUGACUUGUAGGAUUAUGGUGAUUUGAAUUGUAUUUUAUUUUUUUGUUUUGUCCAAACUUUCCUUCUAAAUUGCACUAUUGCUGUAAUAAAAGCACAUUAAAAAAAAAA